AAAAAUGAGCUCGACGGCGGCGCGACUGAGCCUGCGCGAAGAGGACGUCGUCCGGCUGACGUUGGAGUUCCUCGACAACCGCGACCUGCACAUCGGCCAGCUGAGCCUCGAACGCGAGACGGGCGUCAUCAACGGCAACUACUCGGACGACGUGCUCUUCCUCCGGCAGCUCAUACUCGACGGCCAAUGGGACGACGUGCUCGAGUUCAUCCAGCCCCUCGAGGCGCUCGAAUCGUUCGACAUGCGCGCCUUCUCCUACGCCGUGCUCAAGAGCAAGUACAUCGAGCUGUUGUGCAUCAAGUCCGAAGGGAACUUGAGAGGAAAUUCGUUCGACAGCGCCGUGGACGAGGUGGUGACGUUGACCAAAGAGCUGGAGAAAUUCGCCCCGUCGAAGGAGGAAUACUCGAAUUUGUGCCUGCUGCUGACGCUGCCCAAGCUGAAGGAUCACUCGAUGUACAAGGAUUGGAAUCCGAGCGGCGCGCGCGUCGCCUGCUUCAGGCAGAUCUAUCCGCUGGUCGAGGAGUUUCUGCCCAAAAAGGUGGAGAAGAAACCGUACGCCGAUUCGGGCGCCGAUUUCGACGGGCGCACGGCCAAGAACGAUCGGCUCGUUCAGUUGGUUAUCAAAGGCGUCCUGUACGAAUCCUGCGUGAACUACUGCCAACAGCAGGCCGUCGGCGGCGCCGCCUCCGCCGGCGACGCCCCCAUGACGUUCGCCGAUCUGCUCGACGCCCGGGCGUCGUUCGGCGACGCCGAUUUAGGCCUGCUGUCGUGGCUGCAGAGCGUCCCGACGGCGGCGUUCGCCGUGCCGUUCGAGCAGCGCCCUCUUCACGUCGACGUCGAAAAGCUCGACCGGCCGACGCUGGUGACGUCGUGGACGGAGCACAUGCUGGCGACGCCCAUCCGGCCGACGACGUUUCCGCAUUCGGCGACGCCGUUCGCGCGUCCGAAGAGCGCCGCCGACGCCAUGUCGUUGUCGCUGAUGCCCGACGGCGCCGCCGCCGCCGCCGCCGCCAUGUCGGCGUCGGCGUACGGGUGGCAGGGCGACGCGGGCGUCGCGGCGCCCCCGAACGGGCAGAUGUCGAAGAGCAGCUUCGCCAGUUUUCAUUUGACCGGCUUGAAGAAUAAAAAUAUGAACGCUUCGGUCGAUCGGUUGUUCGAAGACUCCGAAUCGAGGGAGGCGGCGAAUCAGCCGCUCGACGAGACCGUUUCCUACAUGGAAUUCAUGUCGAAGUUGCCCAACUAUAAGGAGAAAAGCGGGCCUUUAACCAAUUACGGCAACGGCAAAUUGAACAACACCGCUCGUCGACAACAACAACAACAAUACGACGGAUCCGCCGGGACCGACAUGACGAACGAUUUUCGUCCGACGUCGGAUUCGUCGAGGGACGGAAGCGCCGCGACGGCGACGUCGGCGUCGGCGCCGGGCGUCGGUUGUAACAGCGAAUUGGUCAGGGAGUACCACAAAUCGAAGCAACGAUUGCAGGAGACGCUGGCGCAACGGGAGCGAGAGAGAGAGGAACUGAUUAGGAGGAUAAACAACGGCGAUGACGGGAAAUUAAACGGUACUUUCUCGACGAGAUCUCAGUCGCCUAGUAACGUCAACGGGGCGAAUUUGAGGGGAUCUGGCGAAGGAGUUUCAAAAUUUGCCGAUUCGAAAACGGCCGCCGCAUCGGCGACGUCGCAACGCGGCGGCGACGCCGACGCCAACCGAUCGAAAUUCGUGCCCGUCACGACGCUGGAGGACGCCCAGGCCAUACGGUGCGCCGAAUUCCAUCCCAGCGGCGAGUUGUACGCCGUCGGUUCCAAUUCGAAGACGCUGCGCAUAUGCGCCCACCCCAAAUUGAACGAAAUCAGCGCCCCCUACCAACCGACGGUGCUCUUCAAGCGCACCAAACACCACAAGGGCUCCGUCUACUGUCUGGCCUGGUCGCCCGUCGGCGAUCUCCUCGCCACCGGUUCCAACGACAAAACGGUGAAAUUGAUGCGAUUCGAUUGCCAAAAGGGCGAACUGGACGGCGACGACGUCGAAUUGACGGCGCACGACGGCACCGUUCGCGAUCUCUGCUUCCUCGAGGACCGCUCGAACGGCUCCAGCCUGUUGAUCAGCGGCGGCGCCGGCGAUUGUAAAAUCUACGUGACCGAUUGCGCCACCGGCACGCCCUUCCAGGCCCUCAGCGGACACACCGGCCAGAUACUGGCGUUGUACACGUGGGGCGGCGCCAUGUUCGUGAGCGGCUCGCACGAUCGCACCAUCCGCUUCUGGGACCUGAGGACGCGCGGCUGCGUCGACGUCGUGUCGCCCGGCGGCCGCACCGGUUGGGCGUCGCCGGCGUCGGCGGUGUGCGUCGAUCCGACGGGCAGGCUGUUGGUGUCGGGCCACGAGGACGGCGCGUGCGCGCUGUACGACAUCAGGGGCGGCAAGGGCGUGCAACGUUUCGUGCCCCACACGGCCGACGUCAGAUCGGUGCGGUUCUCCCCUUCGGCCUACUAUCUGCUGUCGGGCGGCUACGAUAACAAAUUGGUGUUGACCGAUUUGCAAGGCGAUUUGACGUUGCCGUUGAGGAGCGUAGUGGUGGCUCAGCACCAGGAUAAAGUCAUAUCGGCCCGCUGGCAUCCCGAGGAAUUCUCCUUUUUGUCGACGUCCGCCGAUAAAACGGCAACGCUGUGGGCCCUGCCGCCUCUCUAG